CUUUUCAUUUCCUGCAUUAUUGCUAUCUUUCUCUGUAAAACCACUCCAUUUUCCCAAACCCCCUUUGCUUAUUAGCUUGAACCACCUUUACCCUUUCCCCAAAACCAAUUCUUUCUUGCUCUCUCCCCUCCAGUCUUCUUGCUUAAAAGGUAAAUCUUGUAGAUGCAUUUGCAACCAUCAUUUUCUUCAAAAGAUGCUAACCUUCCUUGCUUUAUUCCUCUUAAUUUGCUGCGAUUUUGCGAGUUCUGUGAAUGAAGAAGGGGUAGCUCUGUUAUCAUUCAAGAAAUCCAUCACAUUGGACCCUCAAGGAGCUUUUAACAAUUGGAACAUCUCUGAUGAAACCCCAUGUUCAUGGAAUGGCAUCACAUGCAAAGAGAGGAGAGUGGUGUCUCUCAGCAUUCCUAGAAAGAAGCUUUCUGGGAUUCUCUCUCCCUCUCUAGGAUCCCUCUCUGAGCUAAGGCAUGUCAAUUUGAGGAGCAAUAGGUUGUUUGGGGGGCUGCCUUUUGGUCUUUUUAAGGCUGUUGGGUUGCAAAGUUUGGUUCUUUAUGGGAAUUUCUUAUCUGGGGUUUUGCCAUUUGAGGUUGGGAAUCUUGGGUAUCUCAUUACUUUAGAUUUGUCUGAGAAUUUAUUUAAUGGGUCACUGCCUUCUUCUUUGGUUAAGUGUAGGAGGUUGAGGAAUCUUGUUGUUAGGCAGAAUAAUUUUAGUGGCUCUUUGCCUAGUGAGUUUGGGAAGAGUUUGGUUUUGUUGGAAAGACUUGAUCUUUCCCACAAUAGCUUUAGUGGCUCUAUUCCUGUUGAUUUGGGCUAUCUUGAUAACUUGCAAGGGACUGUUGACUUGUCUUAUAACAAGUUCAACGGCUCGAUUCCGGCUAGUCUUGGCAAUCUGCCUGAGAAGGUGUACAUUGAUCUCACUUACAACAGUUUGGGAGGUCCAAUUCCUCAAAAUGGAGCUCUUGUGAACAGGGGGCCAACGGCCUUUGUUGGGAAUCCGGGGCUCUGUGGUCCUCCGUUGAAGAAUCUUUGCUCGUCUGGUGGUGAGGCGAAUCCGCCCUCUUCGUAUCCGUACUUGCCUAGCAGCUACCCUCCGGGGAAGAAUGGGGGCGGUGGGAGGGGUUUGAGUAAGGCUAGUUUAGUUGCCAUCAUUGUUGGGGAUGUUGUGGGGAUAUGCGUGCUUGGGUUGUUGUUCUCGUAUUGCCAAUCGAAGGUCUGUCGUCGUGGGAAGGGUAGGGACGAGAGUGGCUAUGGUUUUGAGAAGGUGCCUAAAGCGUCAAAGGAAUGCUUGUGCUUUAGGAAGGAUGAGUCGGAGACGUUGUCUGAAAAGGCGGAGCAUUAUGAUCUAGUGGCUCUCGAUGCACGAGUGGAGUUUGAUCUCGAUGAGCUCUUGAAGGCUUCUGCCUUCGUGAUGGGGAAGAGUGGGAUAGGGAUCGUGUACAAGGUCGUGCUCGAGGAUGGACUUGUCUUGGCUGUGAGACGAUUGGGCGAGGGAGGUUCGCAGAAGUUUAAGGAGUUUCAAACAGAGGUUGAAGCCAUUGGAAAGCUUAGGCAUCCGAAUGUAGUCACUCUUAGAGCUUAUUAUUGGUCUGUGGAUGAGAAGCUGCUGAUAUACGACUUCGUGCCAAAUGGAAAUCUCGCUUCUGCUAUCCAUGGAAAGCCGGGAUUGGUGGCGUUCACGCCUCUUUCGUGGCGUGUGAGAUUGAAGAUCAUGAAAGGAGUUGCAAAGGGCUUAGUUUACUUGCACGAGUGCAGUCCCAAGAAAUAUGUCCAUGGUGAUCUCAAGCCAUCGAAUAUAUUGCUCGGGAACGAAAUGGAGCCCAAAAUCUCCGAUUUUGGCCUAGGCCGGCUAGCUAACAUAGCCGGUGGCUCACAGCCUCAGAGAGGGGAGCAUAGCAGCUCUGCCUCAGACGUUGCUGCAUUCGCCUCAUCAGCCUCGUUCGGUGCCUAUUACCAAGCCCCUGAGGCAAUGAGGGCGGUGAAGCCGUCCCAAAAGUGGGACAUCUACUCGUACGGGAUGAUCCUGCUGGAAAUGAUAACAGGCAAGGCGCCAUUGGUCCAAGUUGGCUCGUCGGAGAUGGACCUUGUGCGGUGGAUGCAGCUCUGCAUCGAGGAGAAGAAGGCCGUGUGCGAUGUCCUGGACCCGAACCUGGCUCAGGACGGGGACAGGGAAGAGGAGAUGAUCGCGGUUCUAAAGAUUGCGAUGGCGUGCACCUCUAGCAGCCCCGAGAAGAGGCCUUCGAUGAGGCUUGUCUCGGACGCCCUAGAGAGACUACCGGAACCCUGAGAGGGUCGAUUUUCGAGGUGUGUAAUCUCAUUGGAGCAAGAUGGAUAUUGUCACUAUUGUGAUGAAACAAGAGAUGAAAAAGUCUAUGGAAUCAAUCUCCUUUAUCCAUGGCUAAAAAAAGGUUUAGUUGAAGAUUGUUUUGACUGUUAGUGUGUGUAAGAAUGCUGUGAUUUUAAGUUGUCUUGUUCUUGCUCUUGUUGGAGACAUCAUUUGUUUAUUGUUUGUUUGUUUGUUGUGUUUUAAUCAGUUUGUCACUUUGUGUU